UAUAAAGAGUGAAGCCCCUGUGGAAGACUUUGCAGAAGGCGCCAACAAUAAGGUUGAAAAUGAAGCUGCUUUCAAGACUUUUGCUGUUGUCCUGCUUUUCCGUGACCCUAACAAGACAUGUUGACAGGACCAACACAAAUUCCAGAUUCAACCCAUAUCAGAUAUGGAAUACAAAACAGUUUCCUGUGUGGAAAUACGGAGAUCCACGAUACAAAACCAGCUGGACAGGUGGAGAACUGAAGUUUGAUGUGAGUAAUGAUGCACCCACCUUGACCGGUGCCAAAAUCACCUUUACAAUUGACAUCGUGUUCCCUCGCAACCAAAAACUCCGGCCUGUCGGACGAGUGGUUUGGGCUGAAAACGGCACAAUCAAUGGCACGCAGUUCCAUGAGGGUGAACCUGUCUAUCCUGAAAGGAAUUUUGUAGAUGCGUUCCCUCACACUCCUCUACACGAUCUCCGGGAUAAGAAACCUCCCUACGUCUUUGUGUGGAAAACCUGGGGGAAGUACUGGCAGGUGUGUGACGGCCCUUCCUCAUCACUGACUAUCGGCACAGAUGAUGUUCCUGUUGGCUCUUAUACGAUGGAUGUUGUCAUCUAUCACUACAGGAAGAGAGAGAAAUUUAUUCCUAUCGGAUAUGCCUCCACACAGUUCAGUAUCACAGAUCAGAUUCCCUUCUCUGUGUCCCUGACGCAAGUGAAUGACAAAGACGAAAAAGACCAGAAAUUCAUCCAGAAUAGAGCUGUGGCCUUCAGCAUCACCCUUCACGACCCCAGCCAAUACCUGAGCCAAUCAGACGUCACCUUUAACUGGGACUUUGGAGACCGCAGCGGGACUGUUAUCUCCAGAGAACUCACGGUCACGCACACUUACGUUACAUCUGGUACCUUCAGGCCCCGAAUUGUCAUUCAAGCAGCCAUACCAGAUCUAUCCUGUGCACCAAAGCAGCCAACUGAAGCCAACCCGAUAGCCAGUGUUGAUGAUAUGCCUGAAAUAUGGACAACCGCAUCAGUCACCGAGAUGAUGUUGGAAGAAGACUCAGUUGAAGAUCAGGCACGAGUCGUAUUAAAGCGGCAGGCAGCAAACACAGAUGGCUGUGUGAUUUACCGCUACGGAUAUUUCUCAACUGAGAUUGAAAUAAUCGAGGGCAUCGAGAGUGUGCAGAUUGUUCAUGUGGCCGUAGCCGAUGGUUUUUCGCUGACGGAGAUGGAGCGUAACAUUGUUGAUUUCACCAUUACCUGCCAAGGAAGCCCCCCCACUGAAGUGUGCACUGUGGUGUCAGAUGCAGACUGUCAUGUGCCAUUUAUGACCAUCUGCAAUGCCGUGAGCCCCUCCGCAGACUGCCAGCUCAUCCUCAGGCACUCUUUCAAUGACUCUGGGAUCUUCUGUAUCAAUGUAUCGAUGACCAAUGAUGACAGUCUGGCUGUCGCAAAUGCCAGGGUUAAUAUUAACAUAUGUUCCAGGUUUACAUCUGCAGGCAUGAUUGCUGUCAUGUUGGGAAUCUUGACUAUCGCAUCAGUGCUGGGCUCGGUGGCCUAUGCAUACAAGUGUCUUAAUGGCUAUCGAAAGCUGAUCGAAACCCCAGCUGCGUGCCAGUCUAACAGUGCCGGUAUGAGUUCUGUGCCAGCCCUGUUCUGGGGCCUGUUGAACCAGCAGACACCGCGUCAUAAAUGAGGAAUGGUGUGAAAUGUACUUCAAAAAUAGUGUUAGGUUACUCUGAAGAUUUAAAGAAAUGUAACAUUAGUAUUAUUUUAUAGGUAUUGAUUAUGUAGUCAGAUGCAUUUAUUACUUUUGUACAUUUUUUUCUCUUGAAGCCAUUACUAGAUUUUUGUAUUUUUAUACAAAUUUUAUCGUAAUAUUCUUUAAUCUAGAAUCUUAUACAAGCUAAGAAAAACCAAGAUGGAAUUAACAGGUUUGCACUGGCUCUGAAACUGCAGCCAUUCAAUUUUUGUAACGCAAUUGAAUAACAUAUGACAAAAUAUACAAUACUGUCUUUCAUUUUGUCACAUAUUCAUGUCAGAAACACUCCUGUAAUUUCAUUAUGAAUACAUUUACAAUAAUUUAGAAAUGUUUUCUAUAAUGAAGUGUUUUAAAAUGACCUGUUUUAAUUCAUUCAUUGAAAUAAAAUUGACUGUUAUUCCUGC